UUUCGAUUUAAACUUUGUGUUUGGUAGCUCGUUAUCCAUGACUCGAUGGUAAAUGAAUGUCAAUUUUCUCAAAGGAAUUAGCUAGCUUGAUUUAUACCGAUUGUAUAACAAAUAGAACAAAGGGGAACCUUAUACUUCAACUCAGGGCAUCAAAGUUCUUGAAGUUUCAGGAGGCAAAGAUGCAAGAGUUGGCUGAAGAUGUUCCAAAAGGCCAUAUUCCAAGGACAAUGACUGUUCACUUCAGGGGUGAACUCACAAGAAAGGUAGCUCCGGGUGAUGUUGUGAAACUAUCUGGGAUUUUUCUUCCUAUUCCUUACACUGGUUUCAGAGCAAUGCGGGCUGGCUUAGUUGCAGAUACUUACUUAGAAGCCAUGUCCAUCACACAUACUAAGAAAAAAUAUGAAGAUUACGAACUUAUAGGAGAUGAGGAAGAACAGGUUGCACGUUUGGCUGAGGAUGGUAACAUUUAUGAAAAGCUGGCUCGAUCUUUGGCACCUGAAAUAUAUGGGCAUGAAGAUAUAAAAAAGGCGCUGCUUCUGCUCCUAGUGGGUGCUCCCCACAGGAAACUAAAAGAUGGAAUGAAGAUUAGAGGAGAUUUACAUAUUUGUCUGAUGGGUGAUCCUGGAGUUGCAAAGAGCCAGCUUCUCAAACACAUAAUUAAUGUAGCACCAAGGGGAGUUUAUACAACUGGCAAAGGAAGCAGUGGUGUUGGUCUAAUUGCUGCUGUUCAGAAAGAUCCCGUCACAAAUGAAAUGGUCCUGGAAGGAGGAGCAUUGGUGCUAGCGAAUAUGGGAAUAUGUGCUAUUGAUGAAUUUGAUAAGAUGGAUGAAUUAGAUCAGCAGGCUGUUAGCAUUGCUAAGGCUGGGAUCACUACGUCUUUGAAUGCAAGAACAGCUGUUCUUGCUGCAGCAAAUCCAGCAUGGGGGAGAUACGACCUACGUAGAACUCCUGCUGAAAACAUUAAUCUUCCACCAGCCCUUUUGUCAAGAUUUGAUCUUUUAUGGUUAAUCCUGGAUCGAGCAGAUAUAGAUAGUGAUCUUGAGAUGGCUAGGCAUGUUGUCUAUGUUCACCAGAAUAAAGAAUCUCCGGCUCUUGGCUUCACUCCACUUGAGCCAUCUGUUAUUCGGGCGUAUAUUUCUGCGGUGAGAAGAUUGUCUCCUUCAGUCCCGCAGGAACUUGAGGAGUAUAUUGCUAGUGCCUACUCAAGCAUUCGGCAAGAAGAAGCUAAAUCGAAUGCACCCCACUCCUAUACAACUGUGAGAACUCUGCUCAGCAUUCUUCGAAUAUCGGCUGCAGUAGCAAGACUCUGACAUUCUGAAACAGUGGCUCAAUCUGAUGUGGAUGAGGCAUUAAGGCUGAAGCAUAUGUCGAAGUUCUCUUUGUACUCAGAUGAUCGCCAGAAAUCUGGUCUGGAUCCUAUCGGUGAUAUCUAUUCAAUUUUGCGAGAUGAGUCUGAGACGACUGGCAAGCUAGGAAGCCGGUUGGUCGGACAAUUGGACUUGGGACAGGAAGCUCUUCUCCUACCUCGGAAAAACCUAAAACCCAAGUUUCAGGUUUUUCCUGUGUCUGCAAGUCAGCAACUGCAAUUUCUGAUUCCCUUUAAGGUUUCCGGAAAAUGCGUUGGGCAGCCUCUUCAGUUGCAGUCAACUCCUCUGCCUCUCUUCUACUUUGUUGAAGCAAAUCCAGAGGUUGUACUCAAAUAA